GGGAGGGACUUACCUGAAUUUGUUCAAUAUAAACUAUAGUUUGCGUUUGGCGUAAACGCAACAGAAUCGGUAUAAUGAUUACACCCCAGCACAAUCCCCAGUAUAUUUGUUAUGAUGCGAAGAAAGUACAACAUUUCGACAGUGCCCUGUCUAACCCGGGGCUGCAUGGCCAGUUUGUGGAGCUGAACGAGGCCUACAGGGUGCUGAGUAAGGAGGUGUCCCGGAGAGAGUACGACCUGCGGCUACAGCACCCUUUUACCGGGGGACAGGCCUUCAGACCCACCUCCACACAACCCCAGGAGAGUAUGCGCUACUAGGAUCAGUUCAAACCCUGUCAACCUGAGGAGUGGGGGAGGAAGAUGAACUUUAGAAUAAUUAGCUACUGUAUGCUCAUCAUGUGACUGAGCUUCUCUUCAGACAGUAGGAGUCUGUCCAUAACAACUUCACGGACGAGAAGAACAGGUCAUCAAGCAGAUCUACAAUGAGGGCAAGAGUGAACGGGUUUAAGAAGCAGACAGAGAUUCCUCAGACAGAAUUCUCAGGAGAAAUACAAAAUCACUUGCAACAAGUAGGAGUUUAGUAGAAUACGAGCACAUGGUAAAACAAGGGGGAUUGAUUUGGCCGAACACAUCGGAAGAGGAAUGGAGUCAUUCAGGAAGGGGAGUGAACGGUUGAUUGAGUUAGGAGUAGUUAACUUUUUCAGUGGUUUGUGGCAGACGUUGAUGAUGUGCACAUCUCUCGUUUGCUUGGACCUUGGAUACUAAGCCAAGGAGUUAAAAAACAAGUGUGUAAUACCUGGGUGAAACGGAAACAUUAAUGGGGUACAUGUCUUUGUCACAGUAAAGCCUCGCCCCACAGCCAUUCUAGGUUUCUCCAGGCGGAGAAUACGUUGUGGAGGUUUGGUCUGGUAUCACAAGACUAACAGCAGUAGGUCAUUAGCAGCACAUCUCUUCCGCUAUUGGAUGGAACCAAGACUCCUGUUAGCCAGUUGCUAAUUGGUUUGCAUACCCGUGACAUGCUGUUUCCCCCACGACCGUUCAGAGGCAGUCUCAACAAGAUUCAUGGGACUGUGUGAAUUUGCCCACUUGAGAUGGGGCAUUCCAGAUAUUGUAAACUUCAGUGUUCCGUAAUGUAAGUCUAUGGUUCCGUAAUGUAAGUCUAUGGUUCCGUAAUGUAAGUCUAUGGUUCCGUAAUGUAAGUCUAUGGUUCCGUAAUGUAAGUCUAUGGUUCCGUAAUGUAAGUCUAUGGUUCCGUAAUGUAAGUCUAUGGUUCCGUAAUGUAAGUCUAUGGUUCCGUAAUGUAAGUCUAUGGUUCCGUAAUGUAAGUCUAUGGUUCCGUAAUGUAAGUCUAUGGUUCCGUAAUGUAAGUCUAUGGUUCCGUAAUGUAAGCCUAUGGUUCCGUAAUGUAAAGACUUUAAUCACAGGUAGAAUCCCUUAAUGACAGAAAGGGGGUGCUCUGCACAGCUGCCCUUGAACCACUGGGAUUCAGUCAUUGCUCUGUGUGUCAAUGAUAUCAUGGAUCUCUUGACUCUGCUACUGGGCCCAUGGUGGACCCAAAUAGUCAUAAAAAUAUACUGUUCGGGACAGGAGUUUUUCCUAACAAUGUUACCUACAUGCAUAAUUAGGGCCUUCUGCUUUUUCCUGGUUAUGUGAUGAGGAACAACUGUCCUUAGAUAUUCUAUAUACUUUGCCAUUGAAAUGACAUGGAAUCAAGAGACAUUUUGAAAAUGAAGUCAUAUUAGGACUUUUUAAAAUGGUAUUUAAUGGUACACUUCUCUGAUGUUGAAGAAUUCAUUUUAGGAAUGGUAAUUAUACUAUGGAAAGUACUGAAGUGCCACGCAGGCAGAUUUAUUGAGAUUAGAAAUGUAUUUCAUUUAUUGCUGUGGUGACGGCCAACCGACACUUACCAUAAGUCACAGAUUGUGUUUUAGUGAUGUUUAAUGACAGCCUUAACUCGUCACGGUGUCGUGGAGUCAUGCAAUGAUGAAUAAAUUAGUAAACACUGUUCCUCUGAUCUCAACCAACAACCUCCAAUGUUUCAUUUUGAAUUUGUUUCUCACCUGAUUCCACGCUCGCAUGUCCUGUCAGGUUUGGGAGUGAGCGAGUGGUGCAGUGUGUGUUAAUGACUCUAUGGCCUUGUGUUGUUUCUCAAGCCCUUAGCUGAAACCACAGGAGAUAACAGGUCCCCGCAUACCGACAUCCCCUAUGUAGUGCACAAGUGCCCCCUCAUAACCAAAACACACCAAACUGACAGAGACUCUUCUGUCGACUUAAAGACAAACUGAUGGGAGACAGGGUUCACUGUACGGUCUGGGCUGCUGAUCAAGGUUUUGUAAGCCUCUGACUGUGACCUAGUGCUGCUGAUCAAGGUUUUGUAAGCCUCUGACUGUGACCUAGUGCUGCUGAUCAAGGUUUUGUAAGCCUCUGACUGUGACCUAAAGUAGUUGUAUUAUUCCAACCAAAUAAAUGAUUAAUAUCAAUUCACUGGGGGUGAUCAGUUAGUGGUCUGUGUGUUUUAUGUGUCUGUCUGUGAGAGCUUGGAUGUGGAUUUGGGUGAAUGAUAUAAAGAGAUCUUAGUGCAAUAAAAUUACCCCCUUUAAUGUAUCGUUAUUAUAAAAUGUAUUAUGUGGCUGAGAAAGUGGAGUGGUAAAUUAUUGAUUGACCUGCUGAAUGACGAAUUGAAGGGCGACGUUCACCUGUGUCCAGUGCGCGGGUGCGUCCAUGUCAUUUUGAAAAAGUUGGCAGUGCAAAGGUUACGCGGAAUUCGGAGUGCGUCGAGUGGAGUGCGCCUUUUAAUUGUGAUCUGAAGGGCAAAGGACAUUAGCAACCAAUCAUAACAGACCAAGAGACGCUGUCAAGGACCCUUCUCUUUGUGAACUGCUCUGGCACCAUUAACUUCUAUGUGUUAUUAUCAAAGAGGAUAAAAGGAUAAGUCGCCGCGGCACAUGCGUCUUCAACGAAACGUCAUCUAGGCUAUUUCUCCGAGACACCGCUGUGGAUAGGCUGCGCAGUGUCAUGAGAUGUGCGUUCGGCACCGUAGCCUCUGUGAUUCAAGACAUUAGUGUUGGAUCGUAAAUAAGUGCUUUUUGUCAUUUUUAAACGUUUUUAGAGACAAGGAUACAAUAUCGCAAAAUAUCUUAUCGGGACUAUAAAAAUGGACCUGUAGUCACGCUACUACUGACGCUCAACCACGGACCGUUUCAUGGGUUUCUGGCCAACAAUGGGCGAAUGUAACCGGUUUACAUACCCGAACCUCUGGCUUUGGAAUAUUGGGGGCCAUCAUUCAAAGUUCACACAACUCUCAGUAAAAUAGAUGCAACCAAACUGUAUUGAAUUGAACGUGAACGACUGAGAUUUAUUAAACUAGGCUAUUUGUCAAUAUGCAGGCUAUUUGUCAAUAUGCAAAAUGCAUGUGUGCGCUUGAUUGCCAAGAAUGAUUUGGCCGAUUGAUGGCAUUCGAUUAUAAAUUGUUAUAUUGUAGCCAAAUACAUGGUGCAAUUGUUGAUGAAUUAAGUUACAAUCUCAAGCCACUCAUUUGAGUGUUAGCCUACUCAUUUGCCAUAGACGGAUUCAUAAUUACUUGUAUGUAUACAUUAAUAUAUUUCACGUUCUUAACCAACGGAAAGGGAAUGCCACCCGGUCUGUCAAUCCAUAACAUGGAACCUAAGGACUGCAGAUUGAAUAUUGAUUGAGUGGAGUGAAAAGACAAAAGAAAAUCAUCAAUUAAUUUACGGAAAAUUAGGCUUUUUGGAGUUCUGCACAAUGGGGAUUAUGCUUCAAGUUAUUCUAGGAAUGUUUCAGUUCCUCUUGCUCUCCAGAAUACCCACGUCCCAUGCUAAGCUAGCCCACUGGAGACCUGUGGACACCACCCCCAAAUCGAGAGAAGUGCGUCGGUGGUUGGAGGUGUACUCUCGGAGUGGUUGUGAGCCCAGGGAUACCCUGGUGGAGGUGUGGCGGGAGUUCCCGGGAGAGACGCAUCACCUCUUCGUGCCUUCCUGUGUGUCGGUCCGCCGCUGUGGUGGGUGCUGCUCCGACGAGGCACUGGAGUGUGUGCCCUCACUCACACACUCUAUCACCAUGGAGCUAAUGAAGACCUCCUUCAUGAAGCAUGAGCUCAUUGAGCUGGACUUCGUUGAGCACAGCCAGUGUGAGUGCAGACUAAAAGAGAAUCUUCAAUCGGCCCCUACCAGGCCUGCGAAGCCUCUGAGGAAAGGCAGGAAAAGGGAGAGAGGAAAAUCCAAACGAAAGAAAAGUGGAACUAUACCCUCCUCUCCCCCCACUACGCCCUCUCCUCCCCCGACCACCCCGUCUCCCUUGCCAGGCCCUCGAUGUACCCCCUGUCCUGGGAGGAAGUGGACACUCGAUUUGCAUUUGUGUCGGUGUCGCUGCAACGUGACCACAGAGAGCUGCAGUCAGAAAGGGAGGAGGCUCAACCAGCACCUCUGCAGAUGUGAGGCCAGGAGGCGGUGAUGCUCUUUCUCUCCGAUGGUUCCAGACUCACUCUCAUCCAUGCUCAUCCACUCUCAUCCAUGCUAAGCAGAAGUCUGGGCAACAAAGAGGAAUGGAGGAUGUACCCCUAACUCUCCUCUUCCUUGCCCUCCAGAACCACCAAGUCAGUGCAGUAUUACAACAUAAAUAUAUGUACCUGUGUGUAGAGCUGUAUAUGUGUAGUCAGUCUCAUCACACAGCUUCUUCAGGCACUUAGCUGCUAUCGUCCAGUCAACAUGUAUGUAACACUCUCCUUCACAAGAGUAAAUGAUGGGACCAAAUGUAAAGAGUUUAGAUGUCUGGUAACAUGAGGGCGAUGUGAGGUAGUGAGUCGCCAGGACGUAAGUUGUGGACCAGACAGAAUUCAACACUCACACCUCCAAUGCUGUAUGGGACAUUGGAACUUUGGACAUGAAGAGGAUUUAAAGACUGAUCACAGAUCAGAUUUAACAGACGUGUUCAUGUUGAGUUUUGUUGUCUUCAUAGACACCAUGGGUCAGUUUUGCCCAUGAACUGCUAUUGGACUGUUUUGCAGAAAGACAAUGGCAACAGACAUAAUGAUCCUGAUAUUGAUACGUGUGUUAUAUUUUGUGUACAGGGAGACCCCCAAUAGGAGGGUCAAGUCAUUAAAGUGCAGUAAGGAUAUAGAAUAGUGAAUGAACAUACAUGCACACAUGUACACACACACACAUGCACACACGUACCAGCUAUUUGUUGUGUGUAUAAAGCCGUCAGGGAUACCCCAUGGACCUAUAGCUAAGUGAGUUGAAUAGCUGCAAAGACUGUAUCUGUGUGGUCUACACACUGAAUGGCACAGAUGGGUUAACAUGCCACAGUUAGUCUCUCUCAUUCACAGCAUAUGGUCACAGGCUGGAUCACUGAGGGGUUUUACAGGCUGGAUCACUGAGGGGUUUUACAGGCUGGAUCACUGAGGGGUUUUACAGGCUGGAUCACUGAGGGGUUUUACAGGCUGGAUCACUGAGGGGUUUUACAGGCUGGAUCACUGAGGGGUUUUACAGGCUGGAUCAUUGAGGGGUUUUACAGGCUGUAUCAUUGAGGGGUUUUACAGGCUGGAUCACUGAGGGGUUUCACAGGCUGGAUCACUGAGGGGUUUUACAGGCUGGAUCACUGAGGGGUUUUACAGGCUGGAUCACUGAGGGGUUUUACAGGCUGGAUCACUGAGGGGUUUUACAGGCUGGAUCACUGAGGGGUUUUACAGGCUGGAUCACUGAGGGGUUUUACAGGCUGGAUCACUGAGGGGUUUUACAGGCUGGAUCAUUGAGGGGUUUUACAGGCUGUAUCAUUGAGGGGUUUUGCAGGCUGGAUCACUGAGGGGUUUCACAGGCUGGAUCACUGAGGGGUUUUACAGGCUGGAUCACUGAGGGGUUUUACAGGCUGGAUCAUUGAGGGGUUUUACAGGCUGGAUCAUUGAGGGGUUUUACAGGCUGGAUCAUUGUGGGGUUUUACAGGCUGGAUCAUUGAGGGGUUUUACAGGCUGGAUCAUUGAGGGGUUUUACAGGCUGGAUCAUUGAGGGGUUUUACAGGCUGUAUCACUGAGGGGUUUUACAGGCUGGAUCAUUGAGGGGUUUUACAGGCUGUAUCACUGAGGGGUUUUACAGGCUGGAUCACUGAGGGGUUUUACAGGCUGGAUCACUGAGGGGUUUUACAGGCUGGAUCACUGAGGGGUUUUACAGGCUGGAUCACUGAGGGGUUUUACAGGCUGUAUCAUUGAGGGGUUUUACAGGCUGUAUCAUUGAGGGGUUUUACAGGCUGUAUCAUUGAGGGGUUUUACAGGCUGUAUCAUUGAGGGGUUUUGCAGGCUGGAUCACUGAGGGGUUUUACAGGCUGGAUCAUUGAGGGGUUUUACAGGCUGGAUCAUUGAGGGGUUUUACAGGCUGGAUCAUUGAGGGGUUUUACAGGCUGGAUCAUUGAGGGGUUUUACAGGCUGGAUCAUUGAGGGGUUUUACAGGCUGGAUCACUGAGGGGUUUUACAGGCUGGAUCACUGAGGGGUUUUACAGGCUGGAUCACUGAGGGGUUUUACAGGCUGGAUCAUUGAGGGGUGUUCUGUCAUCUGUUUGAUUUGGUUUUUGUCUCCAUCUCUCCGCUCUGGAGUGAAUGAGCUGUUCACGCCGACAGGGCAGUGAGGGGAAUGACAAUGAUGAGGCUUGGCUAUGGUCCAAGGGUUCACACACACACUUCUGAUUAGAAAUGAAUGCAAUAUAAGAGUCUAAAUAAGUCCAAAUGUUUGUUUCUGUUUAAUUUUCUUUGUAGAAUUUGUUAUAUUUUGGCAUAAUUUUGUCCAGUUGACUUAUUAGAUGUUGUAUAUUGUGGAAUGUUUCUUUGUUUCGUUUUUAUUUGUCCAUAAUCCGUGUACAUAAAGAGUCCCUCUGGGUGGCCGACAAAGACCACUAGGUAGACGUCAGGCAUUUAAACAUAUUGAGAGAGUUCUCAAUGGCCACAAAAUAGGACACAAUAUACAUUCUAAUGGGUAACUAAAAUAAUGACCAGAAAAAUGAUGUCUAGCAAAUACACAUUCCCACUGCAGUGAAAAUACACCAUUUAGUUCUCUGUCUGUGUGGGAUAUGUAGAGCUGUGGGGUUAGGAUACAGCUACAAUAUUGGUUAGAACCCCAUUCAACACUGAAAAUAGUUCAUUUCUACUUAACAUUGUUCAAGCUUCCAAUCUGUUCCUCUUCUUAGCAGUGCUGGAACCCCACUAAUGUAAUUCCUGAGCCUGUGUCACAUUCCAAAUGUUAUUCCACUGACAUUCCUUUUUAUAUUGUCCUUUUAUUUCAAACUCAGUCUGAAAAGUCUCUUUUCACUAAGCAAUAAGUAUGGUCUCUGAUUCAGAGACUGAGAUGAUCAUAUGAGUAUUUUAGCUGAAGUUGUAGCAGAUUCCUCUCCAAAAUAUGAGAUAAAACUCUGACAACAUAUCAGCUAUUCCUCUGAACUCUGCCUGUUAACAGAUAUAUAGCUGAGGGAUUUGUGAGCUGUAUGUGACGUGUGUUUGAAUUCAGGCUCUGAGGUUGGUCCUGUGAGGGCAGUCAGACCAGACUGUGCCUCCCCUCCCUAUAGCUGGAAGCAUCUGUGAGCUCAUCUCCUCUGAAUGGUGGCCAAUGAAUGCCAACCCAAAACCCCCGAGGUAUAUUUCGCAAAGCAUCAUUGUCUAGCUGUGUGUUGGUCCACAGGAAACUUGCCAGUUACAGAAAGACACUUCUAGAAGGGACUAAAUGCUCUAUUCAAGCAGUAGUAUACUACCCAUGUCCAUGACAUAGUCUAAAUGAAUGUGCUGGUUGCUCCUCUUGUCUGCACGCACCUAGUCUUCCCUCAACCACCUUGUUGUAGACCCACGAGUUGGACAACGCGAGUCUGGCAGAUACCCUAUCUACUGUAGACUGUCCAGGUAGACCUAUUCUAGCCCCCAUGAUCUUAUACUCAGCUAUAGCAGGCAGACCCUGACUAAACAUACAUAAUACUAUCUUAUGUCUUAUAUCCAACCACCAUCUUGUGUAUGAUGUAGAGCAUACUUUAGAAUGUCUUGUAAUUCAUUCCGACUAUACUCCCAUGUUAGACUGUACAAAUGCGUUGUGAUGUGUAUAUCACUGAUACUAUUUAUGCUGCUACACCUUUUGUGCCCAAUCUGAUGUAAGUGUGCAACUGUCUGUACCAUGCAGAGUAGGCCUAUAUUAUGUCUGACUAAUCAACUCGAUGUCUAUGUAAACAAAGCAUACUGUCCUAUUGAAGAUGUUAAUACUACCAGGAAAUGUUCAAAACAACCAUGAUACAAUGUUCCAGAUAUGAUUAAAUGAAACGUCUUAUUUUUCGUAAAA